GGAAAAGGUGUCUUUGAGAAAGGUACAUCAUGGUGAAACUUGUUUUACCAAACCCAGGACUGGAGAAUAGGAUACAAACAUAUGAGGAACUUGAAAAGCUAGAAACAGAAGAGGCAAGUGAGAGACCACAAUGGGAUAACAAGGCUCAGUAUAUGCUGACAUGCAUAGGCUUUUGCGUGGGACUUGGAAAUGUCUGGAGAUUCCCAUACCUUUGCCAAAGCCAUGGUGGAGGUGCAUUUAUGAUCCCAUUUCUUAUAUUACUGGUAUUUGAAGGCAUACCUCUGUUACAUCUGGAAUUUGCAAUUGGGCAGCGCCUAAGAAAAGGAAGUGUGGGUGUUUGGAGCACUAUUCAUCCAACCCUUAAAGGAGUUGGUAUUGCAUCAAUGCUGGUGUCAUUCCUGGUAGGUUUAUAUUACAAUACCAUCAUUGCUUGGGUUAUGUGGUAUUUUUUUAACUCCUUCCAAGAACCUUUGCCAUGGAGCGUCUGUCCACUCAACGGCAACAGAACUGAAUAUGUUUCAGAGUGUGCAAGAAGCUCUUCUGUAGAUUACUUCUGGUACAGGGAAACACUUAACGUCUCCACAAAAAUUGAUGACUCUGGCAACAUCCAGUGGUGGCUCGUGCUUUGCUUAGCCUGUGCCUGGGGUGUUCUAUAUGUGUGUACCAUCCGAGGCAUUGAAACAACAGGAAAGGCAGUUUAUGUAACAUCAACACUACCUUAUGUGGUACUUACAAUAUUCUUGAUCCGAGGUCUGACGCUGAAAGGUUCAGUGAAUGGAAUCAUAUAUUUGUUUACCCCAGAUAUUUCAGAAUUAGCAAAUCCAGUUACUUGGCUGGAUGCUGGUGCCCAGGUUUUCUAUUCCUUUUCCUUGGCCUUUGGUGGGCUUAUUUCAUUUUCAAGUUAUAAUUCUGUUCAUAACAACUGUGAAAGGGAUGCAGUUAUAAUUUCUCUAAUAAAUGGAUUUACAUCCAUAUAUUCUGCCACUGUCAUCUACUCCAUUAUUGGUUUCCGAGCCACAGCCAGAUUUGAUGAUUGUUUUGACAGAAAUAUCCUUUCUUUGACAAAUACCUUUGAUCUGCCCGAAGGAAAUAUUACACAGGAUAACUAUGACACUAUGUUGAAUUGGCUAAACCAGUCAAAUCCAGAUUUGAUUUCAACUCUCAAGCUUCAAACCUGCGACCUGAACCAAAUUUUGUCAGAUGGUGUGGAAGGAACUGGUUUAGCCUUCAUAGUUUUCACAGAGGCUAUUACGAAAAUGCCAAUUUCACCACUCUGGUCUGUACUGUUCUUCAUCAUGCUCUUUUGCCUAGGACUCUCUUCGAUGUUUGGUAAUAUGGAAGGCGUACUAGUACCAUUGCUAGAUCUGAAAAUAAUCCCCAAAUCCUUUCCCAAAGAAGUUGUAACAGGUUUGAUUUGUGCAGUAUCAUUUUUAAUUGCACUUAUAUUUGUGCUAGAAUCUGGAAACUACUGGCUUGCAUUAUUUGAUGGCUUUGCUGGAUCUAUUCCACUACUCAUUAUAGCAUUUUGUGAAAUGUUUUCAGUGGUCUACAUAUAUGGUAUUGACAGAUUUAACAGAGACAUCAAAUUUAUGAUCGGUUAUAAACCAAAUAUAUUCUGGCAAGCUACAUGGAGAGUUAUCAGCCCUCUAAUUAUGUUGGUUAUAUUCUUAUUCUACUUUGUGGUAAAAGUAACUCAGAAGCUAGAGUACAUUACAUGGGAUCCAGAUUACGACCAGUUUCCAAAAUCAAAGCAGGAGUCUUAUCCCGGCUGGGUGUACGCAAUCAUUGUUAUUAUCGCUGGAGUUCCAAGUUUAGUUAUUCCAGUCUAUGCCAUUUAUAAAUUUAUCAGAAACUGUUAUACAAAAGAUGAUGACCAAAGAGAAAUUAUUAAUGCUGUAUCUGUGGCAACGCUAAAUGGAGACUCUAAAAAUCAGGUGUAAUGUAGGAUUGGAGUAUAUGGUAUAAAAGUGCACUAGAUGUCCCAGAGACUAAUUUAUCAAAUUUCGAGGUUGAGGAAAUUGUGAAGAAAAACCACAAGAAAACUUGGCCAAUCUUUUUUCCAUUAUCACACUUUUCCCUCUCGAGCACUACCUUAUUUAAAAAAAGAAAAAAACUCAACAACUUUUGCAGACGUGUUUUUUUCGCAGAACAAAAAUGCGUAUACAAGCAAGGAACACAUUGUUCAGAUCAUUUUCAACAAAGCUGAAAAUCUUGAAAAUAAAUUAAUAAAGUUAUUAGAGAUUAUCCCCAUUGACUUUCAUAGAAACGUAGAUUAGUAGGAAAAAUGGUAGUCCCCAUAGAUGUUGAUGUGGUAUAUACUGUACAUAGCAGUUGGGUUUAGGUACCAUACUCCAAACCUGUAGCUCAAGGGAGAAGAUAAAACCAAUGAGCAGGCACUAUGAAAAACCCAAUGUAAAGGCAAAAUAAUUAGAAACAAAUGCUUUUAGUAAAUUAAUGUGUGCUUAAAAAAGGGUAUCACUAAUUGCCUUGUAGCACAGAAUACAUCAGGCUUUUUUAAGGGCAUGUAACUAAUGUUUUUUUAAUUAUUUGGCCUGUAUAUUGGGAUUUUUGGUAUGCAUUCUACAAAAACUUGCCAGCUUUUACUUUCAGGGUUUUUUCUCGUGACAUUUCGUGUUUUUUCUUUAAAAAUCCCAAAUAUUCAAGGUGAAAUAAAAAAAAAACAACUUGUGUGUAUAUUCAGGAUUGUGUUUUUUUCUGAUUUCUUCAAAUCUAGAUACUAUGUUAAGUUAAUUUUUUAUAAAUCUGCCCCUUAUGGUUGUACUUUUUUGUUUUCGUUUUCAUGAAUUGAUUUUCCCUCAGUUCACCCUUUGGCCAGUAUUUGGCCAGUAUCAUGAAAUGUUAAAAUAAUAUAUACUAAUAAAGAGAAAACUAUUUUCUGUAUUCCAUUA